GCAAAGGAUUGUUCAAAAGUAUGUCUUUUAAAUUUAGCUGGCCAGAAUUUACCACAGAAUUCGUGGAGCAAGCUAAACAGCUUUUAACGACAGCUCUGAACAAGAGCAGUAAGCCAGUGAACAUAGUGGAUCCUAUAGUCGUCAAAGACUUGAACAUGGGAACAAAGCCGCCUGAGUUAGAGAUUAUGGAAAUUUGUGAGCUGGCAGUUGAUAAAUUUAGAGGAAUAUUUAAAUUGAUAUACAGCGGUGACGCUCAUUUAACUUUACAGACCAAAGUGCAGGCGAAUCCGAUGAACAGCAAUAAAUCUGAUGUGAGUGUGUACACUAGAAGAGGAAUUCUUGCAGCGGACCAACCACUCGUUGUACCUAUGCUUCUAAGAUUAAGCAACUUGAAAUUGCGAGGUAUUAUCGUUUUGGUAGUUAGCAAGCAAAAGGGGAUCACAUUAGUUUUCAAAAAUGAUCCAUUGGAAAAGGUCGAUGUAACCUCAACUUUUGACAGCAUUUCAAGCAUACAAAGAUUUUUGCAGUCAGAAAUCGAAAAAAGACUGAGAACAAUGUUUCAGGAAGAUUUACCAUCUAUUGUUCAUCAAUUAUCAUUGCAAAAAUGGCUCAGCGGCACUAAGAAAAAAGAACCCCCCAAAGGAUCAUCAGAAAGAAUGCCUAUUACGGAUCACCGACCAUUAAAUAUUCUGCCAGAAAAUACACCUUAUGAUACCAUGUCUAUGCCAGAUAUUCGAUAUCGCACACCAAUAUCAACACCGAAUUCGGAAUUAUCAAGCAUUUCACCAGAAUCAUCGUUUUAUGCAGAAGAGGGAUCUAGCGUAUCUAGCAUAGGAGACGUUGACUCUUUAGAUGGCUAUUCUGGGUACUCAUCAUAUUCUAAUUUUGGGGAUUUGUUUGAACGCAAGAAAGAAGAAGGCUUGAAAGCAAUAUCUCGGCCUAACAAAGAACAUCAUUUAGAUG